UUGCUUGGUUGAUUGCUGAGUUGCUUGGUUGAUUGCUGAGUUGCUUGGUUGCUUGCUUGGUUGCUUGUUGGUGGGGCACUCCUCAGCAAGAUGGCUGCAUUGCUGCGCGCAAUAGUGGCAUCCUGGUGAAAUGACGCAAGCCACAGUUUACGUUCAGUCCUCCAGGCUCUGAGCUCUCCAGUCUCCAUAGCGCAGAUCCCGCCCGACACACAGCCGGAAGACCGACCGGCUAUCCCCCUCCAGUGGACCGAGCGGAACCGGUUCAUCUGAGCAGGAGGAUCUAUUCUUAGUGCUCCACCCUCUUCCUCAUCCCCUCCAUCAUCACCAUCAUCAUCACCAUCCUUGUCGUCGUCUCCAUCAUCUCUCCCCCUCCUGCUCCCCCCACCUGUGGCCUCCUCACCUCGAGCUGUGAUUAACCAGCAGUUCAGGUGAGAGUGCGAUGAGGAGAGGUUUCAGAGUGUGAGGCCAUGGGCUGCACCUCAGCCAAGCAGGUGUCGGCCGUGCCCAACGAUGAGGAGGGACGCGGCAAGGCCUACAGCAACGGAGACCUCUUCACCGAUGAAUACAAGAUGAAGGGAGUGGAGGAGGUGAAGUACAUGAGAGGGGAAGAAAACAGGGUGAACGCACGCAACCAGGAGAACUUGGAGAAGAGUAAUGUGCAGUACAGGGGCAAACCGCAGAAAGAGGUCUCUGCAGCAAACAUCAAAUCUAACAUUCACACGUCAGAGAGCCAGCAGGAAUUUUUCAGGAUGCUGGAUGAGAAGAUUGAGAAGGGGCGAGACUACUGUUCGGAGGGGGAGGAGGAAGAUGGGACAUAGCACAGAGGCCCCCAAGAUUUACCCCCCACAGAGAGCCUCACAGUCUGUGUGUGUGAGUGUGUGUGUGUGUGCGCGCGCUUGUGUGCGAGAAUCGAAUCAGUGUUUUACCAAUGGGGCGUCGCUGUGACGGGACACUGUAUGUGUUGGUGUGAGCAGUUGUGUGUUUUUGAACGUAUGGCAAAGAUAGUAUUUUAAUCAAAAGUGAAAGAGUGGGGGAUACAUGUGAGAAAGAGAGGGAGAUGGAGAGAAUGGGAUAAAGAACACUUUCUUCAGAGACUACAGCCCUACUCUCUUAGCGCCUCACGCCCUUUCAAGGCCCCCCCCGAGCGGACAGAUGGAGGUGGCGGAGCGAUGAAGGGACGGACAGAUGAAAGGAGGGAAAGAUGGAGGAGGACGUGACGACGGAUGGGCACGUCUCUUCACGAAUAGAGGGUGAAACGACCUGCUACACUCGGGGUCAUUUGCUCAAGCAGCUCUUCGUCCCUUCGUCUGUUCCUCGUGAAUAUUUUAACCCCUGUGAUUGGACAAAACUCCCAAGCGAGGACGAAUGUCUUGGUGUUUGUGUGUGUGUGUGUGUGUGGAGGACUGAAAGACACACGAGUGAAGAAGAAACGAGGAGUUUGCAUAACGCCACCAGGAUCCACGUUGAACUUUUUUUGGCUCGUCUGCCUACAGCCAUGCCAGCUUGGGCCACGGGGCUAUGAGGGGCUGAGAGAAUGGGUGAGGAGAAGGUUGAGAAGAAAGAGUGAGAAAAUUUGUGAUAUUUUAAUAAGAGAGUAGGGAGAAAGCCGGUGAUUUAAAAAAAACUCUAAACUCCUCCUGCCUUCUGAAGUCAAGAACCUUUUCUUUUUUUUAUUUUCUUUUUUUAUUCUGUUCCACAGCCACUCGUUCAGUUAUUUUUCCCUUUUUUCUGUUUGUUUUUACUCUUGGCUUCCUUCAUAGUGUAUCGUCAUCAAUCAUCAAUGUCAUUAUCAUCCUCAUCACCGCAGCAGGCAGGCAGACUGAAGCUGCAUUAGUUCAGAGCAUCUGUGUCUCAACCCUAUCCAUCCUCCAUUAUCUACCAUCACACUGCACACACACACACACACACACACACACACACACACACACACGUACAUGCAGUCUUUUAUUGUACAUACCGUAACACACUCUCAUCCCAACGCACCCUCGGCAUGUACAUAUAAACCACACACAGGCAUUAUUCUAUCCCUUUCAUUUCACCAGCAGACUGUCAUGUGCAUCUAUCAGAGGUAUUCUGUAAACCUCUAUUUCUGCUUUGGUUCACCGUUCACACACAACACACACACAUUCAUACAUCUGUCCACUGAAACCGGGUUGAGCUCAAGAGGAGGAUGCGUGGUUGUCAUGUAGACACAGACCUGAUCACAUCUUUUGUUGUCAUCUUUACUGGAUACUUCCUGUUGUAUUAUUUUGAAUACUUUUUUUCUAUUAAAAAUAAAAACAAAGAAG